CUCGUCGCCUUGCUCAACUCACUCGGAAGACGUUCUGCGCGCGAAUCGCCGCGGACUCAGCACCCGUCAACCUACGGACGCAGCGACGAAAAGCUCGUUGCCCGGCUGCGGAAGCGCCUUGUUCGGCGCGGAAAGCGCCGGUGUGUGUACUAAACACGUUCAGCUGCAUACUGAAAUUU